ACAGUUCCAGUAUUUUAUAAUAGUAAUGUACUAAACUUCAAUGCUGAAACCAAAGAGAGACAAAGACGCUACCUGCUCUUCACCAAAGCUACGCAAUGGGGGGUAUUCGCUACAGUUUCCGUCCCUAUCCACCCGGAGACUCUGGUAAGCGCUGCCUGGUUCUUCGAAGCGAACUACUACAAUGUCGACAAUGCCACUUAUUUUGAACCCCUGCUUGGAGAUAUCGAGACCACUGCUCGAAAAAAGCAUGAUAGCCCCAGUCAUCAUCUCACACGGCAUCACCUCUACACCGUUAUAGAAUCUAUGUUGGAACGUCACGGUUACCCCGGCCGGCCGUGCCUGCUCCGAGCUAUUUGCGAGAACGCCGCCUCUGAUCCACAAAAUGGCGUCCUAGGAGAUCUCCUACAUCUUGCGCUCACGCCAUCCACGUCCUUGGCUGAAGAUAUAGAUGACUGCUACUACGAGGCAGAGUUCUGGGGAUCAGAAGGCUUCUGUCACGACUACGUUCAAGACUGUUCAACUAACCCUUUUGAUUUGUUCUCACUGUUGGUUUGA